GAGAAGAAGAAGCGAGGCGAGGAGGCGGAGUCCCGCGUUAGUUAGUGCUUCCCGGGAGGAGUUGGUUAUUCUUCUACCGCAGACAAGCAGCAGGUUGUCAGCGUUUUAAUCUCCAAAAUGAACGGCUUAGACGAAGAACCAAUGGCACCACAGACCUUUCUUUACGGGUGCGUGCUGGAAGCCGGAAAGGAGGUGGUUUUCAACCCUGAGGACGAUGAAUUUGAGCAUCAGCUAGAUCUAAGGAUGGCCUGUGUGGACCCCAGCACGAAAGAUGAACUUCACAUGGUGGAGGUGGAAGGACAAGACACAGAGGGACAGAAAAUCAAGGCAGCACUGGUCUCACUGAAACCCUCUACCCUGCCAAGUGUGUGUCUCGGUGGUUUCACAAUCACACCCCCAGCAGUUUUCCGUCUGAAAGCAGGUUCCGGUCCAAUCCAUAUCAGUGGACAACACCUUGUCAUGAUGGAGGCCGAUCAGUCUUUCGAUGAAGAUGAUGACGACGAUGACGAAGAGGAGGAGGAAGAUGUCAGAACAUCGAAGAAAAGACCUGCUUCCUCUCCUGCCAUCAAGUCUCAGAAAAAAAUGAAAAUGGACAUGGAGGAGGACGAGGAUGAUGAUGAUGAAGAUGAUGAUGAUGAUGACGACGAGGAUGAGGAUGAUGAUGAUGAGGAGGAAGAGGAGAGCGAAGAAGAGUCUCCUGUUAAGGCCAAGGCGACACCCUCCAAACAAGCUCCUGCUCAGAAUGGCAAGAGUUCUAAACUCAGCACUCCAGCCAAAAAACAGGAAAAGACCCCUAAAGGUAAGGGUGACAAGUCCCCUAAAGCCCCGGCAACUCCCAAAGUAAACUUGUCACCUCCUGAGAUUAAAGCCAAGAUGAUGGAGUCAAUGAAGAAGGGAGUAUCAUUACCUAAACUCCAGCCCAAGUUUGAGAACUUUUUGAAGCAUGGUUAUAAAGUCUCAGAUGCCAAGGUUAUCGCAGAUCUGUGGAAGUGGAGACAGACAGUGAAGGAUGCUUAAUAACGCAGUCUCAGUAGUUUUAUUGUCUCUUUUUAUGACUUGUUUAUACCCAUAGCACCUCUCAAACCCUCUGAAGCCAAACUCUGUGCCUCCCACUUCAUUCACACCCCAUUAAUCCUGAGUCUAGUCCAGCUCCACCUGCCCUCUUGUAUGAAGAGACUAAAGAGAUGAUGUGGACAUUGACAGUGCACUGGGGUGUUUCAUUGUCUUUCCUCUUCCAACACCUUCUCAUUAGGGCAGGGAAAUUAUUUGGUUUGUUCAAUAAACCCUGGGAGAACCAGCCUACAAAUUUACAUCUUUGUAAAUGUGUAAAUAAAAUUCUUGCUAGGUGGUUGGCACCGGGAGUUCGCAGGAUAUGUGUUUUUUUUUUUAUAUAUAUAUACAGUAAAGGUUGGUUUGGCCUCCUCCAGCAACACAAGAAAAUACAUCAGAUUAUUAAACACACUUAGAAGCACAUACAAGAUUAGUAACAAAGCAGCUGAAGAAACUUUAAAUUAAAAUCCAUUUUAAGGCCAGUAAGGCUAAUGUUGGCCAAGUCAGGUGGACAUCAGCAGUAAUGAUCACAAUACUGAUAUUGGUAUAAAGUUGAUUUGUCUCGUACCAUCAUGAACAUAAAACUUUGCACUUUUUGAAGCGUUUUGAAUGUUUAUGCUAUUGUGAGAUUUAGUAAGGUAAACAGCCCGUGACUACACACUGUCCACUUUCCUGUUUUCAGUUUGAAACAUUGUAUAAGAAAUAGAAAUAUUCUUGUAAUGUUUCAUGUAUUUUACCGUCCGCAAAUCAACCAUUAAGCAAGAAGCUGCAUCAACCUUAAUUAACACCCGACACAUUUCAGUUCUAGUGGAGAUUGGUCUGCUUCACUUGUCACAUGUAUUGCCUCGACUACUAAGAGCAAAAAGCCCAAUGGUUAGGUACUAACUCUGUGAGUGACUGAAUGCAUGAAGGAAUUGGGUUUUUUUUUUUGUUUUUGUUUUUCAAUUAUGAGUUGCUUGUAACUCUUCAAACUUGGGUUUGCAGAUGUUCUAAUGUUUUAAGAAAUUCCCACCUGUACUCAAGCUUAAUGAAGUCACACAUUCUGUGUUCAUUUGACCAGUCAAAGUAAUAUUAAAAAUGUUAAUGCAUGAGGCCUGUUCUAGCAGAAGAUCAUUCCAUGUUGUGAAACCAUUGUAAGUUUGUAUGACUUUGAAUAUGCUGUGGGUUUGGAUGGACUGUCCCAAGAUUGAUUAAAUAAACUAACGUAGAAAUGUU